GAUCGGAGGUGUGGCGCAAAGGUGUCAUCGGGCUGUCAUCUGUGCACUCUCGAAAGCGACGUCCUGAUACUAUCGAAUCAUCAAUCGUGGUGAUCUCUCUCCAAGGUCAUCGAUUGAGUUGUUGAUUCAGUCGAAGUCCACCCUGCCUACUGAUUGAGAACUACGUCCGAACAUCGCAACGUCGAAAACGGUACAAUGGCUGGUUUCAUCCAGAACAUGAUCUGGAGCUCAGUGGAAGGGUUCGUGGACGCAGCGAAGAAGACCGGCGGCGAAUACGCAGGUAAUGCUCUGAUCAAAGCUGGCGAUGCCAUUGAAAACGGAGGACGGAGCGUAGGAGGAGGUCUUGAGAAAGCAGCCACAGGCUACGGCUCGAAGCUCUCGGGACAGAAAUACCAGGCGUCUUCGGCUUCGAAAGCGCUCCCUUCGACAGCACGCAAACCAGCUGUCAAGCGCAGUAACUCCAUGCCUGCGAAUACCAAGCCAUCAGGCUCUCUGGCAGGUGGAAGAUCAAUCGCUGGACCGACGAGUGACGUGCCGCUAGGUGCGAAGAAGACAGUUGGUGGUGUGAAGAAGGCCGCUGGUGGUGUUGCGGGCGGAGCCACAAAGACCGUUGGAGGACUUACGAACACAGCCACGAAGACAGUCGGAGGUGUAACAGGCGGAGCUACAAAGAGCGUCAACGGCGUGAGCAAGACCGCAGGAGGCACCGUUGGAGGCGUAGGCAAGACAGCUGGAGGAGUCGUAGGCGGCGCAUCUCGCAACGCAACGCGAGGUGUGAACGGUCUCGGUGACGGGCUCGCAGGGCUUACGGGCGGAGUAUCCAAAGGCGCAACAAGAAGCGCCUCCAAUUUCGGCGACGGCCUCGCAGGCCUCACAGGCGGCACUUCAAAAUCCGUCGGGGGCCUUGCAGGCGGGACCUCCAGGGCAACCGGCGGGCUCGUCAACAACGCAACCAAAGGCGUCAGCGGCAUCGUAAACGGCUCCUCAAAGCCUAUCGGUGGAAUUAGAGCGAAUGCUCAGAAGGCCGUCCCUCCGGGCAUGCCUAAGCCGUAUGCCAGCACCAGUGCAGGCUCAAGUUACACCAACCCGUAUCCUACUGCGAAGAAAGCGCCCAUCAGGCCGGGACAGAGCAAGCCCUUCACACCACCGCAGACGAACGGGGACGGACCCAAGCCGUACCCAGGAACCAAUACGCUACCUGGACAGGGCUCCAAGACGCCUGUCAAGAGGACGUACAAGCCUGCGCCGACUUUGGGAAGCCAGGUGGAGUCUGGACAGAAGAUGACGCAUAUUGGGGCAUUUUAGGCAAGCGCAAAGAGCGCGAUGAGAACUACGACAUUGUAAAGACGUAAAGAGACGGGUGUAUGAUACGUGAAGUUCGUUUUUUGGACGGCGUUUGAGCGGAUUGAGUCUGUUGAGUCUACCAUGGUACAAUUUAACCGAUACCAUGCUUUGCCUCACAGAAAUUAUAUGCUUGAUGUUGGACGCAAGAUGACAUCCGUAGCAAUUGGGGAGAACAAUUAACACAGACGGAUAAUUAUCGACUCCUC